AUGGCCUCCGAAAAGGUAGCCAUGGCCGAACAUGUCGAGAAAGGCAGCAACUCAAUCGACCAUGCAACCCAUCCAGAGGUCGACCAAACCGACCUCAAAACCAGCAAUGAAGCCCACGCAGCGAUCGAAAAAGAACACAACAUGACCCCUUGGCAAGCCCUAAGGAUCUACCCCAAAGCCGUCGGCUGGUCCCUCCUCCUAUCCUGCGCCAUCAUCAUGGAAGGCUACGACGUAGUCCUCCUGGGUUCAUUCCUCGGCUUCCCAGCCUUCAACGAGAAAUACGGAAACCUCAUGUCAGACGGGACAUACGGACUCGCCGCGUCCUGGCAAGCUGGCCUAAACAACGCCAUGGCGUGCGGCCAAAUCAUCGGUCUCUUCCUCAAUGGCAUUGUCUCCGAACGCUACGGCUACCGCAAAACCCUAAUGACCUGCCUCGCCGCAACAGUCGGCUUUGUCUUCAUCCUUUUCUUCGCGCCGAACAUUUCUACCCUCGUCGCUGGCGAGCUCCUUAUGGGUAUCCCCCUCGGCGUCUAUCAAACUCUCACUGUAACCUACGCCUCGGAAGUCUGCCCCGUCGCUCUGCGCGCUUAUCUGACCACAUACGUCAACCUAUGCUGGGUCUUCGGCCAGCUCAUCGCAAGCGGCGUCCUCAAAGGCCUAGCUACACGGACAGACCAAUGGGCGUACCGCAUCCCCUUCGCCAUCCAAUGGAUCUGGCCCGUCCCAAUCUUCAUCGGUGUCUACCUUGCGCCUGAGAGUCCAUGGUGGCUAGUCCGCAGGGACAGACGCGAAGACGCGGUGAAGUCUCUGAAGCGUCUUACCAGAGCCAAUAGCCCUGGCUUCAGCGCUGAGGAAACAGUCUCAAUGAUCAUCUACACCAAUGCCCUGGAGAAGCGCGUCGAGACUGGUACCUCCUACCUAGACUGUUUCAAGGGGAUCGACCGCCGCCGCACAGAAAUCGCAUGCUGUGUCUGGGCGGCGCAGAGUCUCUGCGGCGCAGGACUAAUGGGCUACUCAACCGUCUUCUACCAACGCGCCGGACUGGCAGUUUCGCAGUCGUUCACGAUGUCCCUCGUGCAAUACGCUAUCGGGGUAAUUGGAACACUCAGUUCAUGGGUAUUGAUGACCUACUUUGGUCGACGCACACUCUACGUCGGGGGGUUAGGCCUUCUAACAGUCGUCCUGUUAGUAAUCGGCUUCGUGUCAAUUGCACCAUCGACAUCGGCGAUAUCCUGGGCGACGGGCUCAAUGCUACUGGUCUAUACAUUUAUCUACGACUCGACUGUUGGACCGGUUUGUUUCUCACUUGUAUCUGAGAUGCCGUCGUCCAGACUGCGGACGAAGUCAAUUGUUUUGGCAAGGAAUGUGUAUAACAUUCUCAAUCUUGUGACUGGCAUUAUUAUCCCUUAUAUGCUUAAUGUCGAUGCUUGGAAUUGGAGAGGGAAGUCUGGGUUCUUCUGGGGCGCUUUGUGUAUUAUCUGUCUUGUUUGGUCGUUCUUUAGGCUUCCGGAGCCUAAGGGGCGUUCUUAUGCCGAGUUGGACAUUCUGUUUGAGAAUCGCGUUCCUACUAGGCAGUUUGCUACUGCUAAGACUGGGUUGGUUCAGGAGGAUUUUAAGGAGGCGUCUGUUUGA